AUGUCGGAGCCAGCGAUCCACGCCGUCAACCAGCCGCUACUGAUCGCCGGAGGAAACAGAAUAUCGUCCGCGGCGACACUCAACAUGUUUAUCGAAUUUUUCGCCAGCCGCCGUGGAUCAUCGAUGAUAGUCCGACGGAAUGUAACGCGUCAGUUUCAUGACUGGCGUGACGAGUUUGGCUACUCGUUUCCGGUUGUUGUUAUCGACACGAUUUGGAACCUUGCGUUUGUUGCAGUAUCUGUUUUUAUGUUGAUUUGGACUGCGGCGAGUGAAGAGACUAACAUUCCGCUUAGUGUUUGGAUCUGCGGUUACUCGGUGCAUUGUAUAAUGCAUGUGGUUCUGGUGUGGAAGGAGUAUAAGAAAAGGAGCAGGAGAAUGGCCCGAGGACUGAGUUUAGAUAGUUCUGAUUCUUCGAGUGAUUCGUCAAUUGCGUAUGAUGAACCGAAUCGUGCUAUAACUGCUUUAGUAUAUGAUCAUCUGUUCCUGUCUCCUAAAAGAUGGGAAAACCUUCAUACAAUUACCUCUUAUGCAUGGUGGGUAAUUGGCGUCGUUGGGAUGGUCUCAGCUUACAAGGUUCUCCUGCAUGCUGCUCCUCAUUUAUUCUGGUUGACUCUGGUAUUUUUGGCUCUAGACGGAUGCUUUGUUGCAAUCGCCAUUCUUUUCUAUUGUGUACUGGGGCUUGCUACAGGUGCAUCAGUGCCUAACUUCAGCAUCCUUCAGAAAUACGUAGUUCAAGAGUUUGAUGAUGAGGAGCAACCAGGUGUAAGAGCUUUGAAAUUGCUACCUAUGAGAACAAAUGAUCCAGAUUUCUUAAAUGAACGUGAUCUUCCAACCCAGGAUGCGAACUGCUGUAUAUGUCUCAGCUCAUAUGAAAAGGGGUCAGAAAUCUAUCUACUUCCCUGCAACCAUGACUUCCAUGCUACAUGCAUCCUGAAAUGGCUAAUGCUAAAAGCUACCUGUCCCCUCUGCAAGAGGAUUGUCCACACAGACGAACUGUUUUGA